UUCUGCUACAUUAUAUUUAUUCUUUAUACUAGAUUCAGAUUAAUAAUACAAAAUAUAAUCAACAAAUAGAUUAUGAUAUAUUAUUAGAGGAUAAAAUAAGACUGUAUUGAUCCCUGGGGGGGAAUCCAGAAGCUGCCCAGCAGUGCAUAAAGAAUUUAAAUUAGACGCAACUUUACCAGCUGCAACAUUUAAGUCCUGUAUACAUUAAUACAUCAAUAAUUAAAAUCCAAUAAUAUGAUACACACUGGCUUCAGGAAAUACUCAGACCCCUUCAUUUUUUGCACAUUAUAUCAUGUUUUACAUUUAAUUUUAAAGGGAUAAAUUUGCCAUUUUCAGUCUACACUCCUGAAAGUGAAAACAUGUUUUUAGAAUUUUUUCUUUUUCAAAUUUAUUAAAAAUCAAAAACUCUUUCAGAAAUCUUUCAUUUACAGAAGUAUUCAGACCCUUUGCUGUGGCUCCAGGUGCUUCCUGUUUGCUUUAAUUAUCUUUGACUGGACUCCACCUGUGGCGAAGUGAAUUGAUCGGACAUGGUUCAGAAACACACACCUGUGUUUGUAAGGUCCCACAAUGCAACCUGCGUGUCAGGACAAAAAACAAAACAUGAGGUACAUUGAAUUCUCUGUGAUAAAAUAGUUGUCGAGGGCAAAGUUAUGAAACUGUAUCUAAAGCUUUGAGUGCUCCCACGAUCACCGCCACCUGGGCAACCGCCAGUUUCACAGAGAUACUUCAGACCAGUCUAAUGUAAGUCAGACCGCUUCACAAAUAUAAAGACUGACUCAUUUUAAAACAAAUAAAUUAGACACCUUACCCCCAGGCUAACUCAGGGCCUGCGACCACUGUUACCUUGGUAACAUGGUAACCUUUGCACCCAACAACAAAAAGCAGGAAAACAUGGCUCAUAAUUAGUGGUUUGCUGACAUUGUUAUGGAGAGAGCAAAGAGAAGGGACCAAAAUCAUUUUUUUUCUUUUUAAUGUUUCACUCUUCGCUGAAUUUCCCAAGUAAAACGUCCUUGUUAUUGUUGAAUUCCUCCAAAAGACAGUUUACCCAGAAUUCAUUGUACCAUAAAUCCGCCCUAAGGUAGUCAAGAACUAAACUGCUUUGUGCAACAGAUGAAUUUAAAUGUCUGACUAUUUGUUAUAUCUAAGACAAAGUCAAAGCAUGUCUUUGUGAACCCGGCCCUGACUCUUCCUAGAGUUGGCCCUCUGGUCACACUGAGUAUGAAGGAACUUCAUACAGUCAGAGACCUGAAAAACAGGAGUUCACAGACUCUUCUGAUCCAAUCUGACUGAUUGAAUCUGUCUGCAAAGCUUGUAGAGAUUUACCCAAGAAGCCUCUUCUACAAAGUGCUGAAUUAAAGGUCUGAAUAUUUUAGUAAUUCUAGUUUUAAUGGCCUUAACGAAACAAACGUGUUGUCCCAUCUGUGACCAGUGGGGGGCGCCAGACGACCAUGUAAUAAUCAGUAGUAAGGCGAUUAUUGAUUUUCGGCAUUUAGGGAAUUUUGUGAGACAAACAAAUUGACAAACUCAAUACACCUGUAAUUAAAACCACGCUGAGAGGUAAGUCUGUAAUAUGUUUUGUACACAUGUCAUUUACCACUGCAGUUAAUAUGUAGGAUAAACAGAUGCUACCAACUGAAUCUAAAAAGGCACAAAUGACAGUUAAUGUUUUACCUGUGUGGAUAAAAUUAUCUGCGGUAUUAAUAAACAUUAUCGGUGCGACACGUGAUCAGUGUUUAAUAUCGUAUUUUUUCAGAGUGUCAUUGACGUAUCCGUCAGAACAAAAAAGCUUUUCGCAUUGAUAAACAUUUCAUUAUAGAAAUAAAGGAAAUAAACAAGGCUCUCAUAAAAGUUCAACUUAAUAAACUUAGCCCCGCUGGGUUACUCGAAACUCUUCUCGUCACCCUCCCCGUCGACGUUACGUACGCAGCCGUGGCGUGCCUGCAAGCCAAAUAACAUGGAGUCCUCUGCCUGGCAUCUCCAAAGGAUCCAUGCAAAAACCUGAGCAGCGAUUAAAAAGAGCAAGUUUCUCCAUGGGAGCAGUCAACCCCUCGUACGAGCAUCGUCUCGGGGCGUAAAGCUUCAGCUCCGUCCUCAAACUAUGGCGAACGGUGCUUGAAGAACCAGCCCUUCCACUGCGAUCCGCAAAAAAAACCCAGGCCGAUUUCAUGUGUGCUCAUGUGUGAAUGUUUCCAGAGGAAGAGGAGGCUGCACAAUGUAGGCAGACUGGUCAACAGUGGGACUCCAUACUGCUCUCUGGGGGACCAUGGAGCCAGAGGGACCGCUAACCCCAGGGACCAGUUAUGGGCCCCCACCCUUCAACUCAGCACAAACCUUCCUCAGCUGCACCUUACAGUCCUCAUGUUCUCCAAAUGUGAGAGACGGCCUGAUGUCUGCCAAAUGCUCGUGGGGCCACACUGGAGAUGAGGGCUCCUCGCAGACUGAGGGCACUCAGCCCAGUGCGGACCCGGGGAAGAACGCACAGAGGAGAUUCAGGUCCUCAGCCUUUCCUUCCUCCCUAAGCUGGGACUCUGAUUCUGAGAAAGAAACACUAGACGAGGAGGAGCUACAGCACUUUUCUAACCCUCAUGGUCUGGCUGCUCACAGCCCAGGAUCUCCUUCUUCUGGACUCAGACUCGAUAGUGAAGACGACGCAGAAGCCGAAAAGCUGAAUAGUAAAAGGGAUGCAUCUGCCCCCGUGGAGGGGCACAACGACAACAGUGAGAGCACAAAGACAGAAGAGCCAAACACAUCUCAGCUUGGCCCACCAGAGUUAGCAGACAGCAAAGUCUGGAAUGUAUCUGAGGGAGCUGAGCUGUUUCUGUCCAAAGUAAAACUAAAGGAAGGUUGCCAAAUGGAGGAGGAGGCGGAAAACAGCGCGGGAGAUGAGGGAGAGAAAAUGCCCAAGGGAAAGGAAACCAAGGAGUCCGAGAGAGAUGUGUACACCUUCCCUGGAGACUCAGACCCUGAGAGUCCCCCUCCUGCCCCUUGGGCUCAUUGCACAUUCAUUCAGCGGUGCAGGAAGAAGAGGGUGCUGCUCAGGCCUUUCUCUGGACUUGGCACCUUGAAGCGCACAUUGCCCGAGACUGGCCAGCAGGCAGGAGUGAGUCUUCAAAAAUCAAAAACCUCAGAGAUGGCACAGCUGAGUCAAGGUGGAGGGGUUUAUGAUUUUGAGGAAGUCGGCUUUGGAGAGGGAGCGGGGGAAGAGCCGAUAAAGUUCAGAGACAGAGGAGGGAAAAGAGACAAAGAGGAGGAAAGUGGGGCAGAGCCAGUUAAAGACAUUUUCACCUGCGUGGAAUGUAGCAUUUACUUCAAAAAGCAGGUCCACCUGCAGGAGCACAUGGUCGAGCACUGUCAGAGCGGCUCGGGGGGCGGCAGGCGUCUGGGAAAGGGCGGCCGUUUUCGGUGCAUGGAGUGUGGGUGGAGCCUGCCGAAUCGGCUUGCACUGGCAGACCACCACAAAAGGCACCAGGAAUCCCGUCAGAAGAUCCUGGAGGAGAUUGAGAAACUGAAUGAGAACGGGAAGGCAAGAGAGAUUCAGAAACUGGACAGUAAGGCGGUGAAACGUAUAAGCCCAGACCCAGCUGUUAUGCAAGACGCAAGCCCGGUCUCGAUUCCAGGCAAAGUGUCAGACCCAGAAAUAGUCACAUCUCCACCUCUAUCCCCGGCCCCAGUUUCGACAUCAGAAGCAGACCCAGCAUUUGCUAACUCAAACGCAACUCCUCCAAAUUCAGUUCAGUCCCCAGCUCAGGCCCGAGCUGUCUCUGCCUAUCGCCGUCGCUUUUUCUGCACCAAGUGUAACUUCAGCACAAGAACCUCCCAGGCACUGGCGAAUCACUCAAAGACCCACAACAGAAAAAAACCCGCCCUCCCGGCCGAAUCCCCACCUCCAGGUUCGCCAUCAUGUUCAGCAUCCACCUCUCUGGCCUGUGGUCAUUGUGCCUUCCUGACCUCCAGUCAGACCCUCCUGAGGGAACACCAGAAACUUGUUCACCCGGGACAGUUCCCCAUCAGUGAAGCGCAGGCUGAAGAGAGUGGCCAGCAUUCAAAGUCUAAUGUGGGUGCUCGAAUUUCUAAACCCAUCCUUGAUUCCGACCACCUCUCUGGGACUGGAUCCCUGCCCGACGCGGCUCAAGGCAAAAGCCAGGAAGGAGUCACUCCCUCUGAGGACAGCACAACGCCAAACAGCGCCGCGGUUCGGCCCUCGAGCCAAGUCGUCUUCAAGUGUGUCGGCAACAGGAGAUUCAGCAGGAGAGGAAAGGCUUGGACUGAUCUGGCCAAGUUUCAUCCCAGACUGGACAACGACAAGCUGCCCGGGAGUGAAAAUGAAGAAGAAGAAGAAGAGGAGCAGGAGGAAUAUGAGCGCACAGAGCUUGACACUGAACUGUCCCAACAGGAGGCCAACUCACCUGGAGGAGUGAAACGGCACACUAGAGCACGAUCCAACACAGAUGACGGUUCAGCACAGCAGAGUGCUACACUAUCACUCCCGCCUAAGAAGAGUGUGAAGGACGAAGGCAAGCAGGAAGUGGAGAAAGAUGGAAAGGUUUUCUUUUUGAGGAGGAGUGCCCGGGUUACUGCUGCUCCUGCAGAAAUUGACAGUGAUGAUGACGACGACGACAUUGACGAGGAACGUGUGCGACGUUUCCUGUCAGAGGGCAUCUUGGAUGAAGACAAAGACGAGAUUGAUGAGGACACGGAGGCGCUUAAGAGCGUGGAGAGGAAAUGCCCCUACUGCCCCGAUCGAUUUCAUAAUGGCAUCGGGCUUGCCAAUCACGUGAGAGGCCACCUGAACCGAGUGGGCGUCAGCUACAAUGUGCGUCACUUCAUAUCCCCCGAGGAAGUCAAUGCAAUUGAGAAGAAGUUCUCUUAUCAGAAGAAGAAGAAAAAAGUUGCCAACUUUGACCCGGACACAUUCAGCGUGAUGCACUGUGAGUUCUGCAGCGCCGGAUUCGACACCCGGGCCGGCCUGUCCAGCCACGCCCGGGCCCACCUCCGCGACUUUGGCAUCACCAACUGGGAUGUUACCAUCUCGCCCAUCCACAUCCUGAGGGAGUUAUUCUCCAGCAGGCCGGACCUUGUUAUCCCCACCGCUCCCCCUCGGAGCCUCAGCUCACCACAGGAGGAGGAGGGUGAGGAGGAAGAGGAGGAGGAGGAGGAUGAUGAGGGGGAGGAGGGGGAAGGCGAGGGAAUCACUCAGGUAAAGCUGGAGGGGGAGACAAGUGAACGGACGCUGAGUGCUGCCGUCUGUGAUGCGCUGCCUUCAGCAUCUCCUCAACACUGGAAGGAGGAGGAGGAGGACGGUGGAGAAGAGUGUGAGGGGGAUGAGGAGGAAGCAGCUGACGAAGAGGAUGAGGAGGAGCUGCAGCUUCCAGCUCUGGACAGUCUGAGCUCAAGCCCCAGGAAAACAGGGCUGUGCAGCGCGGACACGGACAGCCUCUCUCCCAGGGAGGAUGCAGACACCAAGGUCCACAACUUAAAGUGCGAGGUGUGUGGAGCUCAGUUUGAGACCAGACGGGGGCUCUCCAGCCACGCCCGCUCUCACUUGCGCCAGCUGGGCAUCAGCGUCUCGGAGAGCAGCGGGGCGCCCAUCGACCUCCUCUACCAAAUUGCCAAGGAGCGCAACAUAGACAGCCAAAUAAGCUCAUCUCUUCUGGAGCCCCUUUCAGCCAAGAACUCCUCCCCUCCUGCUCCUCAGAAAGAUGAGGAUUUAGAAGACAUGGACUCAGACGAGAAACCGAUCCCUCUCUCCAUCCUUGCCAAAGCGGCGAAAGCGGUGGCACCCUCUUCCUCCUCCACACCCACACCUUCUCCUGGUGCCUCUCCAGCGCCGCCUCAUUCUGGCUCCCCUUCCUCAGUAGUGAGGAAAGCCCCCAUUUCCUCUCUGCUGCCAGUGUCUUCCCCGUUGCGGUCCCCGGAGCACAAGGCCGGGGGAAUGAAAAGCUUAACCUCUAACCUCUCUGCCCCGGUCACCCUCACAGCAGCCAAACCCCUCUGGGCGCCACAGGAAAACGAUGCUCCUCUCAACCUCACGCUGGAGGUGGACCCCACCAAGGACAUUGUUUGUCAGCUGUGUGGCGCCUGGUUUGAGACGCGGAAAGGCUUGUCCAGCCACGCUCGAGCCCACCUGCGGCACUUUGGGGUGGAGUACUCUGAAUCCAAGGGCUCUCCCAUCGACCUCCUGAACCAGCUCAUCGACACCGACGACUUCAAGCACAAAGCCAGCGCGCUGCAGCUUGACGGCCACGCCGAACCGCGGGGCCUCGCCACCACGCUCUCCUCCCCGAAGCAGUCCCUGCUGAGCCUCUCCUCCUCUUCCCCUUCAUCCCUCCUCUACAAGGUGACCACAGCUGGAGGUGGGUCGACGUCCAAAGCUACCUCUUCCUCGUCUCUACUUGGCCCGCCUGCCAAGCGUCUCAAGUCCUCCUCCAUGCAGGUCUUCCGGCUGAGUAGUGGGGAGCUCAUGGCCCUUCCUCACAGUGAACCUCCAAAGGAAAUAGGCUGUGAGUUCUGCGGGGAAUAUUUUGAGAAUCGCAAAGGGCUCUCCAGCCAUGCCCGCUCCCACCUGCGCCAGAUGGGCAUCACCGAAUGGUCUGUCAAUGGCUCUCCGAUCGACACCCUGAGGGAGAUCAUCACAAGACGGGGCCUGCCCUGCGCCCUUCCUCUAAAACCUCUCAAGACUCCGCCUCCGUCCUCUCCAGGACCUCCUCGUUCCCCUCUGUCAACCUCCUCCUCUCCUUCAGCCACCCUCCUCAGUCGCCUACCCUUCGCCUUCGCACGCCCCUCCAGCCCUCCUCAGCCCGCCGUAUCUAAAUCGAGCUCGGCUCAACCGACGUCCUCCAGCGGGUUAAUCCUCAAGCUGAAGCCUGAGCCGGUGCAGCUGGAGGUCACCACGCCCGGGGCAGUGGGGAGAUCCGGCGGCCUCUCUACUGAACCUCUCGGCUGUAGCUGGAGCAGCUCUGACAAUGUGUUCCCCCUCAACCUGGCCAUGGCCCAUGAAGUGGAGCCAACGAGGGAUAUCCGCUGUGAGUUCUGCGGGGAAUAUUUCGAGAACCGUAAAGGCCUCUCCAGCCACGCCCGCUCCCACCUGCGCCAGAUGGGCAUCACAGAGUGGUCCGUCAACGGCUCGCCCAUCGACACCCUGAGGGAGGUCAUGCACAAGAGAGGGGUGGGCGCCUCCUCUCACUCGGACCAGGGAGUGAAGAAGGAGUCGAGCCAGGGAGCCAACAGUCCCCGAUGGGAGAACGCGGCGGGCGCCGGCGCUUCGGAGGGUUUGGGCGUCUCAGGCUACCAGUCGUCCAAAUUCCGUAAAUCCCCUCUCGGUUUGCUGCAGUCAGGGUCGAGGCUCCAUAAGCAGGGCCUGGGGUCCCUGGGCCCGUCUGCUACCCAACCUGCAGGGAAGCUUUUCAGGAUGUCCCCACUGGGGAAAAGGCCUCUGUCGGAGGAGGCCCAGUCCGUGGAGACUUCCCACUCACCACCACAUCAGCUUAAGACUUUCUCGCCUCUGCCACAUGAUUUCUCCUACAAGAGGAAAACCUCCCCAGACAAGCACGGACACCAGGAUCCCAGCUGCGAGCUGUGUGGGUUCUACUUUGAGAACCGUAAGGCUCUGGCCAGCCACGCUCGAGCCCACCUGAGGCAGUUUGGUGUGACUGAGUGGUGUGUAAAUGGAUCCCCUAUCGAGACGCUUAGCGCUUGGAUGCGGAGCAGGCCGCAGAAGGUGUUGGAGAUGCACCGCAGCUACAUGCAGGGGAGCCGCUCCACCCUCAAGAAGAAGGCCUCUUCCUCCUCCUCCUCCUCGUCCACCUCCCAGUGGUCUUCCUCUCUGGCCGUAAGCCUGGUGCGACCACCGAGCCGCGAGGUCAGCCAGGGCUCUUCCAAGACCACAGAGGGUGAAGCCGGUACCAACCCGCAGGCCGCUGCCAUCAGGCCCAGCCGCAGCAGUCCCAGCCCCUCCCGGCUCGCCGGCGGCCUCCCGCUUCAAGCACAGGUGGCGCGUAGUGAGCUGAAUGUCCGCCUGCCCAGAGGUUUUGAGCGUCGGCCCUUGAAGCAUCCAUCUUGUCCCGAUGGAACAGAAAGAGACAGCGGCCCUCCUAAGCCCCCCCGCACAGGCACCGUGCCCGCCCUGGUGCCCAAACCACCCUCCUACCCGCUGGUCAAACUGGUGGGCAAACUCUACACCCUGAAGUGCCGGUUCUGCGAGGUGGAGUUUCAUGGUCCGCUGUCGGUGCAGGAGGACUGGAUCAGACAUCUCCAGCAGCACAUCCUUAAGAUGAACUACAACAAGCCUGCUGCUCCCAAAGCAGCUUCCACCGAACCCCCUGCCCCGGCUGAUGACCCGGCCCCGGUCCAGGCCUCUGCCCCAGCCUCCACUUCUACCUCCAGUUCCACCUCGACCACACCUGCCCUCACCUCCACCCCGACCCGCACCACAGCUUCUAACAGCCGCUCCCCGACACCUCUGGCCGAGUGCGCUCCCGCCGUCACUGCCACAGAGAUAGUAAAGGUCUCAGAGGAGCAGCCCACCCUAACUGCUACUCCUAUCCCCCUCCCUACGCAGAUGGUGUAAGCUUAAAAUCAUCGCUCGCUGUCAUUUGACCCCGUCUUGUUUUCUCCUGCCUUUCUUUUCGUCCAUCUAUUUCUUUCCUUUGGCCUUCACAAAGUGUUGUUGUGGAGGAGUGUUUCCCCUCCAAAGAGUCCUCUGAGCCCCAAGCACCUUUGAAGCAGCUUUCUAGACUGUUACUAAGUCCCGUUACCAUGGGAACGAAGCUCUCCUGGCUUAUCUGCGCACUGGGGAUUGUGGGAACUGUCCAAGGUUAUGAGGAGAGAUGAACCAAUGUUUUGUGUUUUGACUUGUUUAUACUGAAUGUCCAGGCGUUGAUUUGGACCGGUGCUGUACCUCUCCUCACAUUCACUGGGCGAUUUAGGGGUUAAUGUAGUUUUUUAUCAAACUUCAGCCCCGUGUCUAGUACAGCCCCCCCCCCCCCCCCCCCAAACCUUUCCCCUUAUGAACCGUGCGAUACUAAGACCUGUGAGACUUUGGCCAUUGGCCUCAGGCUCUCACAUACAGGUCCUGACUGAGAUUAAAUGACAUGUAUAAUCAUGCUAGUCUUGUGGUUGAGACUUUAAACAGAUGGUAACACUUAGUGUUAAAAAAAAAAAAGGCACUUUUAAUAUUGACAUUGUCACUCUGCUAACCUUAACCCCAAACGCCCAUUGAAAUGGGUGAAAUUUGACUACUUCUGAUUGGUUAAAGGAGCAAGAAGUGGAAGUUUUUACCCCAAAAGGGAAGACCCCCCCCCUCCCAGUUAACUUUGUAAUGUAAUACUUUCCCCCAAAUAUACAUUUUGCUUGAAUGUAGCUUAAAGCACCUAUUGAUACCUUAUAUGCACACAUUCAAACACAAUCAAACGUACGCCCCAUGUUACUAAACCUUCUGAAGUUUGAACCUUCAUGAUGUUGCUACUCCACAGUUUGCUGUUUUCAGCAGAUGCUGUUGUGUCGGAGGCGCAGUUGCCUUUUUUUUUCCCCAGACGUGAGAAGUGGAGCCAUAGAAAAUGUUCAAGGUUACACAUUUCAACUUUUUCCAUUCACAGUGAUGCCAUUUCCUUCCUGCCUUUUUCAAUGUAACCCAAAUUAUUAUUUAUUUAUUCUUAUGCAUCUGAAUGUGGUAAGCUAGGUCAUUUUAAAGCUGAAGUAGAUCUUUGGAAUGUUUGAAAAUAGGUCAGCGGUGCACUUUUACUCUUGUGCACAAUGUGAGUGUUUGUAUGUUUGUGUACAUGCAUAGCAAAUGUGCAUUUGUUUCCCAUUUUAAAGAGAAAGACAGAAGUAAAACUGCUUGAUGGGAAGACGCCUCCUUAGUUCAAAGUGAACUAAAUUUUGGAGCAUGUCCGUAUCUAGUCUGAUCAGGACUUAUAUGCAUCCAUCAUCGUGUUAGGAUGUGCCAAAGAGUCUGUUUACUUCCUUGUCUUGCCUCUGUAACAGCUGUUUACAUUGGACAUGAUGGUGGAGGAAACUCUGCACAGCUAUCGAGUUCCCCAAGGCUCCACCCUGAACAAUGGACUGAAACCAGCGGCGAUCUGCAUCCACUACAGGCACCGCCGAGGUCACCCGGUUUGAAAGACUCGUGGCUACUGGAGCAGCUUCAUGGGAGUCGCGUUGUUACUGUAGGGUUAGAUUAUUCCAAUUAAAACAUGAACACAAAGCAAACUUGAUUUCAAGCAGGGCUCUCGAGAACUGUCAGCCCUCAGUCCAGAAACAGAAACGCACCUGACCUCGGUGCACCUGAGGCUGAAGUCUGUUUCUUUCUACAUUGCUUCAGAGUAUGUUCAUAUCAACCUAGAAACUGAAGCAAGAACUAAAGGGUCCAUGUAGGCUGAUGACCUUUUAAAAGUUUGUUCCAGUGUUUGAAACAUGACUGUUCAAUCCAAACGAUACCCCAACCCUUUUAUGGAGUAUAGAUACAUACUAUAUAACUACAUGUACUUAAGAAACUGUUGAUGCUAGUAGAGCUAUCAGCAGUUCUAAUAGCAAGGUAGUUAAAAAAAAAUAAGUGAUCUUAAUUCCUCUAGUGUGAUUUGAUUUCAACCUUUGAUGCUAUGUAUUUUUUAUUGCUCUGUGCAUUUCUGUAUUUGCAGUCCUGCAAGGUGAAUCUUAGAGUAUUUUUUAUUUUUAUCUGUUAGUUUCUCCAAGCUGAAACUUUUGGUGCUGGUGAGAAUGUUGCAGGCGAGAUGGCGAGUGACUGAACGUGAGGAAAACAUUUUAAUGUGAUUGUCACGUCCUGGUAUCAAAGGACUCCAAUAAGCAGGCCUUAAAGGGGGCCACUUUGCACAGUGAGAUGUGAUCCUCUCUCUGCAUUCACAGGGUAGCAGACGCUGUGGCCUCUCACAGGUCUCCGGCUGCGUUACUGUGUGAGAUGUGAAUUACGAGGCUGGUGCAUUAGAGUUCCCUUUUAAGAUUACCUGAUUAAGCCUCAGCUGGUGUAACUGGCUGUUUUAGUGUGUGUGUGAGUGUGUGUGUGAAUGUGUGUGUGAGUGAGUGCGUGAGUGUGUGAGAAGACAGUGAGACGACAAUGAUGAUUAAGAAGAAAAAGAUGCAGUUGAGGAAAGAACUGUACUGUACACAGAGGGUUAAGUUUUAAGUGAAUCGACUCCAGAACAAACAAUAAAUGUGAUUUCAAUUUCA